AUGCUAGAAAGGAAGCCUCAUCUCACCUUCAACACGCAGAUUGAUAGGAGUGUCGCCUCGGUUGAUACUAUGAAAACUUACUUCAUUGGUAGUGUAUUGAGCGGUGGUGGCAGUGCACCACUUCCAGAAGCUAGUGCUGAAGACUGGGUUAACAUGAUUAACGGAUUUCAGAAGGGAACUCUAUCUAGUCGUUUGGGCAUUCCUAUGAUCAGCAUUGAUGCUGUUCAUGGACACAAUAAUGUCUACAAUGCUACAAUAUUUCCACAUAAUGUUGGGCUUGGAGCUACCAGAGACCCUGAACUGGUACGAAGAAUUGGUUCUGCAACUGCUCUUGAAGCCCGAGCUACAGGGAUUCCUUAUGUAUUUGCUCCUUGCAUUGCGGUAUGUAGAGAUCCAAGAUGGGGCCGGUGUUACGAAAGCUACAGAGAAGAUCACAAAAUUGUGCAAGAAAUGACGGAGAUUAUUCCAGGUUUACAGGGAGAUAUCCCUGCAAAUUCUCAGAAAGGAGCGCCAUAUGUUAGUGGAAAUAAAAAGGUUGCAGCUUGUGCAAAGCACUUCGUUGGUGAUGGUGGCACGAGCAAGGGCAUUAAUGAGUACGACACUGUGAUUGACCAACAGGAAUUGCUUAGCAUCCACAUGCCUGCCUAUUCUGACUCCAUCAUCAAGGGUGUCUCAACCGUGAUGAUUUCCUACUUCAGUUGGAAUGGGAAAAAGAUGCAUGCAAACCGUGAUCUAAUUACGGACUCUAAGGGCACCCUUAAAUUUAAGGGUUUUGUUAUAUCAGACUGGGAGGGUAUUGACAGGAUUACCUCACCGCCACAUUCAAACUACACAUACUCUGUCCAAGCUUCAGUUCUAGCUGGAAUUGACAUGGUCAUGCUCCCUAUCAACUAUAAAGAAUUCAUUAAUGAUCUCAUUAACCUGGUCAAGAAUAACGUUGUCCCAAUGGAUCGUAUUGAUGAUGCUGUGGGAAGGAUUCUGCUUGUCAAGUUCACCAUGGGUCCUUUUGAGAACCCGUUGGCUGAUUUCAGCCUAGUCAAUGAGCUUGGAAGCCAGGAUCAUAGAGAUUUGACAAGGGAGGCUGUCAGAAAAUCCGUCGUGCUUUUGAAGAAUGGGAAAAGCGGGAACAUUACAGAUCCAGUCAUACCUCUUCCCAAGAAGGUGUCUAAAAUUCUAGUCGCCGGCAGUCAUGCUGAUAAUCUGGGCUACCAAUGUGGUAGAUGGACAAUUGCAUGGUAAGGAUUCAGUGGCAACAAUUAUACAACCGGGACUACGAUCCUUGGUGCUAUAAAAUCAGCAGUCGACUCAAGCACAGAAGUUAUCUACAGUGAGAAUCCUGAUGGUAAUUUUGUAAAGUCCAACAACUUUGCAUAUGUGAUAGGAAUUUUACCACCUGCCAAAGUGAAGCAAGAAAUACCCGAAAAAGCAAAAAACUAA